UUCUCCUACUCCCCCACUUCCCACUGACGGCAUGAGACGGCAUUCUGUAGAUGAGAAUGCCUCUGACAUCUCCAGUUCUCCUACUCCCCCACUUCCCACUGACGGCAUGAGACGGCAUUCUGUAGAUGAGAAUGCCAUCUCCUCCUGUUCCACUCCCCUUCCCUCUGACGAUAAAACGAAACGACGCAGAAGGAGACAGAGACAGAAGGAGAGACAGAGGCAUUCUGUAGAUGAGAAUGCCAUCUCCUGUUCUCCUACUCCCCCACUUCCCACUGACGGCAUGAGACGGCAUUCUGUAGAUGAGAAUGCCAUCUCCUCCUGUUCCACUCCCCUUCCCUCUGACGAUAAAACGAAACGACGCAGAAGGAGACAGAGACAGAAGGAGAGACAGAGGCAUUCUGUAGAUGAGAAUGCCAUCUCCUGUUCUCCUACUCCCCCACUUCCCACUGACGGCAUGAGACGGCAUUCCUUCACCAUUCCCCCUCCCUUCCCCGGCCUUCCCUUCCUCCUCUCUGGCAUCAUUAACUCUGCCCAGGAAAAAAAUAGAAAUACAGUGAUACAGCAAAAUGGGAGACAGAGACAGAGGGAGGAGAGACGACAUUCUCCUGUUCCCUCUGACGAUAAAACGAGACAUCUCUGACAUCUGUUCUCCUUCUGGCAUCACUGUCCAAGAAAAAUAACAGACGUCAGAAAAGGAGGAGAGACAAAGGGAAAAUAAGCUAAAACCUAGGACAAAUAACCUAGGCAAUGAUAGCAAAUAAUAACCUACUAAAGAUGUAAACAGUGAUGUCCAAAUCUAUAGACAAAUGAUGUGUCUAAGCUACAUAGACAACCUAUAGAGAGAAGAGAUGACAACGGAAGGAGGGAAGAGAUAGAGAAGAACAAAACGAGGUGAGAAAAAAAAUAAUGGAGAACCUUAUAAUGAGAGAGAGAGAAAGACGGUUUGU